AUGGAAGAAGUACCAAGAGGGGUAAAGAAUCCGGAAAUAACCACAAAAUUUGCUGGAGAAGUUGGAGAAUCAACUACUGAACAUGUUGCUCGAUAUUUGGUCGAGAUCGGGAAUUUAGCUAAUGAUGAAAAUUUAAAAAUAAAAAUUUUCCCUUCGUCAUUAACGAAGAAUGCAUUUACUUGGUUCUCGAAUCUUAGACCAAAUUUGAUCACAACAUCGAAUCAGUUAGAAACUGCUUUUCACGCUCAAUUUUAUCGAGGUGAAAUGAAUGUAGCAGUUACUGAUUUGGUGGCUUUGAAACGUGAAGAUAGUAAAACCAUUGAUGAUUAUUCAAUACGUUUCAAAAACGCUAGAAGUAGAUGCUAUGUGUCAUUACCUGAGAAUGAGAUAGUGAAAAUAGCAACUAUGGGGUUGGGAUUCUAUAUGCGUAGAAAACUACUUAAUGUGCAUAUUCCCGAUUUAGCCUAUCUGGCUGAAAAAGUUCGACAGACUGAACUUAUGAAAAAAGAAAAAGAAAAAUAUAGGAGUGAACAGAGGUCGAAGAGUAAACCAUUUACUCGUAAAGAAAAGGUGGCAUAUGUAACUAUGGAAUCCUCAGAAGAGGAAUUCGACUUCGAAACAGAAGUCGAUUUGGCUGAACUUAAGAAAGGUCCUCCAUAUAUUUGCUCUUUACUGAAAAAACUUCCUAGUAAUGAAAAGUCGAAUGAUUCAAAACUUAAAAGUGGAAAGAAGUAUAGUUUUGAUAUCUCAAAAUCUAAUCAGAUUUUCGACGUAUUGCUUAAGGAUAAAUAA